GCUGCCCCGAGUUCCCCAGAAGCUGGACAAAGGCCAAACAUCCAAUCCACCUCAUACCCCCCAACCAGACACAAUGGCCCCUGAAUUACGCAAGAGAAAGUCGAAGCCUGUUGUGGCAGAGCCCGAGCCUGUCGCCAAAAAGACCAAGCCGACGAAAACCACCCCCAAGGCUGAGAAGCGGAAAGCUCCCGAGGAUGCUUCCCCCGUUGCCGUGAAGAAGCAGAAGCCGGCCAAGGAUGUCGCCAGCAAGAAGGCCGCUGCCCCUGCGGAGAAGGCUGCCACGAAGAAGUCAGCACUGAAGAAGGAGAAGCAGUCGCCGAAGACCAAGGCCGCCACAGAGAAGUCCAAGAAGGCAGAAGAGCCAGAGGAGGAGCAGGAGGACGACGAGGUCCAGUCCGAGGCAGAGCAGGAGGAGGUUGACGAAGACACCAAUGCGCUUGUUCAGGCUCUGGACAGUGGUGACGAGGAUGAGACGGAGGCCCAAGUCAGCACAUUCAAAAAGGGACAGGAUGUCGGCAAAGUCCCCAAGGCGAAGAAGUCGACAAAAGCCCCCGGCAGCAGCAGCGGGACGCCCGGCGUGAUGUACCUUGCGAGAAUCCCUCACGGCUUCUACGAACAUGAGCUACGGUCGUACUUUGGUCAGUUCGGCGAUAUCACGAGGCUCAGGGUUGUGCGGAACAAGAAGACGGGCGCCAGCCGCCACCGGGCCUUCAUUGAGUUCGCCGACGCCGAGGUGGCCGACAUUGCCGCCCGCACCAUGGACAAAUACCUCUUGUUCGGGCAUAUUCUCUCAGCGAAGACUGUUCCGCCCGCGCAAGUGCACCCAGACCUAUUCAAGGGCGCGAAUCGCCGCUUCAAGGUGGUCCCAUGGAACAAGAUGGCCGGCAAGCAGCUCGAGCGACCGCUGUCCGAGACUCAAUGGCAGGUCAAAAUCUCCAAGGAGGAGAAGAGGCGGGCCGCCAGGUCCGACAAGUUGAAGGAGAUGGGCUAUGACUUUGAAGCCCCGGCACUCAAGGCCGCCGAGGCUAAGCCGCUGUUGGAGAACGGUACCGAGGAGGAACCCAAAACCAUCGAGGCUGCUGCCGCCGAGACAGCCGAGCCCAAAGAGGAAGAGGAGGUUGCCGAGGCGGAAGUGGUCGAGGCCAAGAAAUCAAAAUCCGAGGAGGCCACCCCGCAGAAGAAGAAGGGCAAGAAGGGCAAGAAGACAAAGUCAUGAGCAAGGAGUCACUGUAUUGCAGUUUGUCACUGAUACCCGCGGCUCGGGACAAUCAAGAGUCGCUUCUAGACCGAGCAAUCGCUCUCCGAGUUUUACGUGUUGGGAUGUGUGCACCAAGCGAACCUGAUAGACUCUUGGAAAGAGCUGGUGCUCCGAGAGAUAUCAGGAUUAUAAAGCGCAGUCAACUGCUCUACUUCUGCCCUAGUAUGAAAAAGCCAGCAUUUUGCGAGGUGCAACGGCAGAUUCGAUGUAAAAGUCGGGCGAAG